AUGAAGAAGACGACGACUCCGACAUCGAGCGUUGCUGCUGCUGCGAGUGGUGGUGGUACGGAUGGUAAAAGUGAGAAGAAAAGAGGUCGAGGCCGUCCACCGAAGAAGAAGAAGAUGAAUACGACUUUUAAAACGAAAAGCGCAAUUACGAAGAAGAAUUUCCCGGUUGUUAAAUCGGUGAAUUCAUCAUCAUCGAAUUCGAAGAAGACGACGAAGAAGAAAAGAGGACGACCGCCGAAAACGCCAGAACCGAAAACCACUUCAGCUGCUCCAGAAAAAGGAAUUGUUAUUCGUAAAGAGUUUGAGUUGAUAACGACCGCGGAAAAGAACAGACUAGACCGAGGCGCCACAGGAGGCAGAGGCAGAGGACGAGGACGAGGCAGAGGUGGUGGCAGAGGACGAGGGCGACCACCGGCGUUGCCGAAAGAUGUUGUUUUAAAGAGACUGGUGCUCCAGUCAAAAGGCGUGGAGAAGAAGCGAGGACGAGGGCGACCGCCAAAGACGACUCAAACUUUGACGGAGAAAAGGAAACCGGGGAGGCCGAGGAAAGAACCGUCAUCGGCUGCGCCGGUAGCGAUUCUACCGAAGAAAAGUCCGGGACGACCGAGGAAGAAUUCCGCGAGAGUGAUGCCACCUCAACAACAAAAAAAACAAUCGCGAUCUGUGCCACAGUCUACUCAAACGACGGAGAAAAGAAAACCGGGGAGGCCAAGGAAAGAACCAUCGGCGGCUGCGCCAGUAGCGAAUCUACCGAAGAAGAGUCCGGGACGACCGAGGAAGAACCCGGCGAGAGUGAUGCCACCUCAACAACAAAAAAAACAAUCACGUUCUCGAGACGUCAACCUCCACGCACUCGAAUCCUUCCCUACUAUGGAGAUUAACGAAAACGUAUCGAGAGCGAUGACGUUGACAAUGGGUUUGCCGUACGCGGAAAAGUUUGUACCGAUUUCGCGCAAUGGCGCGUUUAAACCGGCGGUUCGUAAAACGCCGCCGCCGCCGAGUCUCGGUGAAGUCAUUGAAACACCGUCAAAGCGCGGUCGAGGACGACCGCCAAAGGAGAAAUCAGUAGAGACAAAUACAACAACGAACGAAAUUCGACAAAAACCACAUCAAGGAAUCGGGCGUCCUCCUUCAGCGCCCGUUCGUACCGCUACCACAACAACUACCGCUACUACUACUACCAACGCCAAAGCUACCACCACCACUACAGCCGCGCAAUCAAGAUGGCGGUUGGAUUACCACCGCAUUGUCGUCACUGGGGGCACUCGAGGCAUUGGACGCGCGUGCGCGGAGGAGUUUUUGGGGUUAGGCGCCAAAGUUUUCGUGUGCGGGAGAACGCAAAAGAGCGUGAAUGUGGCCGUCUCGGAAAUGAGGAAAAAAUUCGGCGCGAACAAAGUGUCUGGCAUCGACGCCGACAUCACGACGAAAGAAGGCCGCUCAAAAGUUUUACUCAUGUGCGAUGAGUUUUUUGGCGCAAAUUCAUUCGACGUUCUCGUAAACAACGCCGGUUGGAACAAUCGACAGGCGAUUACCGCGCAAACCGCUGAAGAUUUCCAACAAAUCAUGGACGUGAACUUUGCCGCGCCGUACUUCAUGUGCGUCGCCUCUGCGGAAAGAUUAUACAGAUCUUCGAAAAAUCCUUCCGUCAUCAACGUUUCCUCAGUCGCUGGUUUAUCAUCCACCGGUUCUGGAGUCGCUUACGCGGCGAGUAAAGCAGCUUUAGCACAACUCACGAAAACGCUCGCGUGUGAAUGGGCCCCGCAAGUGCGGUCAAACUGCGUCGCCCCUUGGGUCACCAAAACGGAGAUGUUGGCGAAAGCGUUGAAAGCAAACGCGAACUCGUUGAGAAAGGCGGAGAAGAGUACGCCGUUAGGACGUGCAGCGGAGGUGACAGAUAUUGCGGCGGCGGUUGCUUUCUUGGCCAUGCCAUGCAGUCGAUACAUUAACGGGCAAAUCAUCGCCGUCGAUGGUGGUUUGUUGUGCGAAGCGCAUCAAGGCGACUGCGCUCGAGUCGGACCUUUAGCUCGUUAA